AAAGCUUGUUUUUUGAUCACGAUAAUGAAUUAGCUACCAAGGAGCUUCAGCAAACACUGAAUGCAUUGAAUAUUCGUAAUCCUAUGGCAAUUGAAGAUUUGUUAAACCUUGAGAAGAAAAAUAUAGAGAUACAUCAACAAUUUAAUGAUGAUGACUUUAUUCAAGCUACUACAGAAAUAGACCAUGUAGAAAAUGAAGUCAUUAUACAACCCUUAACCGGAAAGGAACAGUUGGAUAUUCUGCGCAGCGCUCUGCAAAUUGUUGAUGAAAGAAUUGAUGAUGAUGGAGUUACAAUGAA